AAGGCUGGAGAGCGGCGACUGGCGAGCCAUGGCUCUGGGGCUACAGCGCGCAAGAUCGAGCACGGAGCUGCGCAAGGAGAAGUCCCGGGAUGCGGCCCGCAGCCGGCGCAGCCAGGAGACGGAGGUGCUGUACCAGCUGGCGCACACGCUGCCCUUCGCGCGCGGGGUCAGCGCUCACCUGGACAAGGCCUCCAUCAUGCGCUUGACCAUCAGCUACCUGCGCAUGCACCGCCUCUGCGCCGCAGGGGAGUGGAACCAGGUGGGAGAACCACUGGAUGCCUGCUACCUGAAGGCCCUGGAGGGCUUUGUCAUGGUGCUCACCACCGAGGGAGACAUGGCUUACCUGUCGGAGAAUGUCAGCAAGCACCUGGGCCUCAGUCAGCUUGAGCUCAUCGGACACAGUAUCUAUGAUUUCAUCCACCCCUGUGACCAAGAGGAGCUUCAGGAUGCGCUGACCCCUCAGCAGAGCCUGUCCAGAAAGAAGCAGGAGGCCCCCACGGAGCGGUGCUUCUCCUUGCGCAUGAAGAGUACCCUCACCAGCCGCGGGCGCACCCUCAACCUCAAGGCGGCCACCUGGAAGGUGCUACACUGUUCUGGACACAUGCGGGUCUAUAAGCCCCCAGCGCAGACCUCCCCUGCUGGGAGCCCCAACCUGGAACCACCCCUGCAGUGCCUGGUGCUCAUCUGUGAAGCCAUCCCACACCCUGGCAGCCUGGAGCCCCCACUGGGCCGAGGGUCCUUCCUCAGCCGCCACAGCCUGGACAUGAAGUUCACCUACUGCGAUGAGAGGAUCGCGGAGGUCGCCGGCUACAGCCCUGAGGACCUGAUCGGCUGCUCGGCCUAUGAGUACAUCCACGCGCUCGACUCGGAUGCGGUGGGCCAGAGCAUCCAUACCUUGUUGAGCAAGGGCCAGGCAGUAACAGGGCAGUAUCGCUUCCUGGCUCGGAGUGGUGGUUACCUGUGGACCCAGACCCAGGCCACCGUGGUGUCAGGGGGCCGGGGCCCCCAGUCGGAGAGUAUCGUCUGCGUCCACUUCCUGAUCAGCCGGGUGGAAGAGACUGGAGUCGUGCUGUCCCUGGAGCAAACGGAGCGACACUCUCGCAGACCCGUUCAGCGGGGCGCCCCCUCUCAGAAGGACACCCCUAAUCCUGGGGAGAGCCUCGAUGGCUCCAGUCCCCGGAUCCUGGCCUUCCUGCACCCCCCUGCCCUGAGCGAGGCCACUCUGGCCGCCGACCCCCGCCGCUUCUGUAGCCCUGACCUCCGUCGCCUCCUGGCACCCAUCCUGGACGGGACUUCAGUUGCUGCCACCCCCAGUGCACCCCCCGCUUCACGGCGCCCCCAAAGCCCUCUUCCGGCAGAUCUCCCUGGGGAGCUGCUUGUGGACAUGGAGAACGCACACCAGCUCGUUGCCUCCGGCAAAGAGCUCAAGGCAGUGGAGACAGACCUGGCUAUCGCUCAGGACGCCGACGUGCUGGAUCUGGAGAUGCUGGCCCCCUACAUCUCCAUGGAUGAUGACUUCCAGCUCAACGCCAGCGAGCAGCUCCCCAGGGCCUACCACAGACCUCCGGGGACCGUCCCCCGGCCCCGUGCUCGGAGCUUCCACGGCCUGUCACCCCCAACCCCUGAGCCUUCCCUGCUGCCCCGCUGGGGGAGUGACCCCCGACUGAGCUGCUCCAGCCCUUCCAGAGGGGACCCCUCAGCGUCUUCCCCCUUGACUGGAGCUCGGAAGAGGGCCCUGGCCCAGAGCUCAGAGGACGAGGCCGAGGGAGUGCUGGGCGUGAGACCCCCCAAAAGGUCCCCAAGUCCAGGUCCCGAAAACUUCCUGCUGCCUCCCCUCAGCCUGAGUUUCCUUCUGACGGCCCCAGGGACCCAGCAGGAUCCCAGCACCCAUCUCCUGGGACUGAACGAGCCCUUGGGCAUGGGCCCCUCGCUGCUCUCUCUCUACCGGGGCGAGGAUGCCACCCAGCCUCGGAGCCGCUUCCAGCCUGCGGCAGGCCUGGCCCAGACGGCCUGAGCCAGCCCCUCUUCCCGCCUGCCCCGCCCCCGAAGGACCUCAGCCACACUCCAAGCCGGCAGCCAGCGCACAGCAUGGGGUGCCGGGAGAAGGCCCCCUCUGUCCUCACAGUGGCCCCCACCCGCCUCGGGUAUACCUCAGUCCUCACCGUUCUGGCCACCCCCAUUUGGGGGCUCUGGGGUGGCCUCAGCUCAGUGACCUCGGGAGGGGGGUCCCUGACCCCUCUCCCUCCUUCUCUCAGGACUUCCCUUGGGGUUCUUGAUACUGGUUACCUCAUCCCUCUCUCCAGCUCUCUUGGCUUUACUUUUGAUAAAUUGGGGGUGGGAAGGUUGGGGUUCAGAUCUGUAUCUCUGGGCUCUGGGGCAUAUCGCUAACCACAAUAGCAUUUCUUUCUAGUCACCUUUCUUUUAGUCUUAUUUUUAUUUUAUUUUUUGUCCUUUUCAUCAUGUUUUUAAUUGCUACAAGGUGCCCAAGGACCCUAAGAAUAUGGGACUCUGAUCCUCCCCUUUCUUCGGGUAUCGUGGGGGACCCUGAAGGCAGACCUCACCCUGGCAACUUCUGCCGCCCAGCUCUAACGUCCCCCUCCGGCCUGGACCCGGCCACCCCCAGCCUCGCUGGCCGGGGUCUUCCUAGUCAGGGCCUCCCAGUUUCAGGCAGAGCCCCCACUUCCUCUGCCUCCAAACCACCCGCCGAGCUCCUGUGGUGCUAGUACUGUGCACCCCCAGCCUCGUCCGGUCCUACACGGCACACACAGCCCCCAGUGCGGUGGGCUCAAACCUCGCAUGCUCCUGACUCCAGAUCUCAACGGCACCAGCGCCGUCACUACCUCCGGUUGGUUUCCUGCUUCAGUCUCCAACAUUGUUUGGUUCUAAACCUCACAGCCUCCAGCUCCCUCUGGCUCCACAGCCUCUGACCACCAGAGUCCCUGGCUCUAGAACUCACGCCCUGACUUCCUCUGGUUCUAGACCCUUCCCUGUAAACUCCCCUGUUCCAGAGGCUACAUUUUCCAACUCCUGCUGAUUCCAGCUCUUUCUACUAGUGAUCUCCUUUGAUUCUGGACUGUAAAAUGCUAAUCUUUCCGUGGUUCUAGUCUUCCUGACCAGUAACUCAUUUGGUCCCAAACCUAGACUUCUUAAUUAUUGUUCUAAAAUCAUGAUGUCCAACUCAUGCCUUUUCACUCUCUGCUCGGCUUGCUCGGACCACCAAGAAGUAAGACGAGGGCUCCCUCCCACCAGCCUGGGAGUCGCACUUUAUUUCUGUUCCUUUUCUCCUCAGUAAACUUUUUCUUUCUCUAAACCAAAAAAAAGAAAAAAGAAGUGAAAUGUGCUUAUGUCUCCUCUGAAAACCAGAACUUCCAGAACUCGAUUCCAUAUUCCAGCUCUUUUCCCUUUCCUAGACUUUAUGAUCUUUACUCACUUGUUCUAGACCACACAACCUCUGGGCCUCACAGUUUCUAGGGCCCCUGAUUCCAGAUCUGAUUAUUUCCCUUUUUAAGCUGAAAGUGCCUUUCAGAUUCCAACCUCCAGAUUCCUCUGGUUCUACACCUCUCACUCCCUGCUCCCCACCCCCAGAGCUUGGGACUCCAAAGUACCCUAGGGCUAGCGCUCAGUCUGCAGACAUCAGCUGAGGGUCACCCUUGUGUUAGGAACACUUCUAGGGCUCGGAACUCCCAAUUUCUGAUUCUAGGCCUUAGGAUUCCCAAUGCCACAGGUUCUAGAACCAGAUCUGUUGUUGACUGUUUCUAAUUCCCAUCCUUACUAUAUGAAUUCUUUUGGCUCUAGACCUCACAGCUUCUGACUACCUUGGAUUCCAACCCAAAUACUUCUGAUUCCAGAACAGGAAUCUGGUUCUGACUCUCAUGACCUCUGAUUCCUGAUUCCAGAUGCCACCUUCUGGGUUUGCCACCCUGCUCACCUUGCGCCAAUUCCUAGUCUCUGUCUUAAGUCUUCCCAAUCUGGGUCCUUCCCCCCAUGCCUCUACUCAUGGACUUCAUGUACAAGCACAAGCGAGUCUCAGUCUCUCCCCUUUAAAACAGCUGUUCUGAAACCACCUUCACUCCCCGCUUCAGCCCUGCACUUGCCUUCACUCCAGGUGUCUGGAGGACCUGGGCUCCCUCACAAUGCAGGAGAUACCUCCAGCUGCACAGGCACGCACAGGGGUGGGAGAAAGACCAGUCCUCCCCCACCCACGGCCACCUGUGUCCCUCUGGAUUCCCAGUGCCCCUUUUCUGAUGGUGCUGUUCUUGGUGGCCCACAGGAAGGCCCCUCAGACCACUUCCCCCCUUUUGGAAGGCACUGCCCACUGUUUUGUCAGGGUAUGGCCUGUCCAGAUUGGUGCUAUGGGGGUGAGGUGAGAAGGGAUCCCCUGUCCUUUUGGGGUGACCUGGGCCCUCUAUUGAGAGAACUGUGCUGAGCUGGGGGAGGAGAGGGGCCAGACCAGCCACGCUGACUCUGAAACUCACUAAUGUGUACACCAUAAAGACCUCGCCUUGGUAGGC